AUGCUGGGAGCAGAAGUUCAAUACGAAGGCCCUUCCCGCCUUUCCCAUACCCUGGAAGAUAGCAAGGCUGUGCUCGAGAUUGAACCUUAUGCUGUGAGAGAAUGGCUGCUAGACGCGCACGAUUUACUCUACACCAUGUCACAACCUCCACGCAUGCACUAUCUUUUGCAUUCCAAUUUUGACUUUGGGGAGAAGAUUGCAAAGAAAGAGAUGCAUCCGCAUCUUAAGAACAAGCGUGAUCUUUGGAAAGGGCCUGGAGGCACAAGCCCUGAAAGGUGGAAAUGCUGGAAAGAGCGCUUGCAAGAUCAUCAAGGUCAUGCUGACUUGGAUGUGGGCACUAAGAAAGUCGCAGGAGAAUAG